AUGCCUCGACCAACAAACCUCGAGACAGCGCUCGCGCUGGAACAGUGCGUCAGAGAAAGCGGAGCUAUUCCAGCAACGAUCGGGAUCGUUCGAGGUCGAAUUCAUGUUGGCCUUUCGCAGCAUCAGCUAGAAUUACUCGCGGAUACCAAGAAUACGGUUUCUUCAAAGAUUUCGCGAAGAGAUAUCGCUGCCGUGUGUGCUAAACGAGGAAAUGGAGGAACGACCAUUGCUGGCACAAUGGUCAUCGCGCACCUCGCCGGGAUCAAGAUCUUUGCGACUGGAGGGUUGGGUGGUGUACACCGAGGUGGGGAGAACUCCCUCGAUAUUUCCGCAGACCUCACUGAGUUGGGGAGGACGCCUGUUACCGUGUUCGCUGGUGGGGUGAAAAGUAUUCUCGACAUUGGGAGAACCCUAGAAUAUCUGGAAACACAAGGAGUUCCCGUUAUCACCUAUGGUAAAACGGCGGAGUUUCCGGCCUUUUUCAGCCCGAGGAGCGGAUUCAAGAGCGCGUACAACGUCGAGUCGCCCGUCGAAGCAGCUGACAUCAUUCAUCACGGGGACCUUCUCGGGCUGUCGAAUGGGUGUCUGUUCGGAUGCCCGAUUCCAGAGGAGUACGCACGAGUUGGUGAGAAGAUUCAACUGGCCGUAAAUCAAGCGGUGGAAGAAAGCAAGCAGAAUGGCAUGGACAAACGUGGAAAAGAGGUCACGCCGUGGCUCCUUCAACGAGUCAACGAACUUACCAACAGCGCAUCGUUGGAAAAUAACAUCGCAUUAUUGGAGAAUGCAGCGCGAAUCGGUGGAAGGGUGGCAGUAGAAUACUCCAAACUGAAAAGCGGUAGCAAUAUUUCUCAGCCAGCCGCACUUGUUCUUCCUGAGUUGACGCCGACGGAUACAGUCAGGGGUACAAAGAGCGAGCAGCAUAAACCCGCGAAUCUGGUCGUGAUUGGCGGCGCCGCAGUCGACGUUGUUUCAAAGGCAUCUCCCAGGACGGGCGAAUCCAUCAAACAAAGCACCGUCCCUGGAACCAUUAGUAACGCAUUGGGUGGAGUCGGACGAAACAUGGCUGAAGCAGCUCAUCGACUGACGACUGCAAGCAACGACGGUACUGGAGGCGACGUUCUCUUGGUAUCACCCAUAGGCAACGAUCUAUAUGGGCAUAAGAUUAAGAACGGCACAGGCUCCAUGGGAAUGCGGCUUGAUGGACUCAUCGCGAAGCAAACGAAUCGAACGGCUGUCUGUAAUAUGGUCCUCGAUGAACAGGGAGAUCUUGUCGGUGGCGUCGCUGACAUGGAGAUCAAUGACGCCUUGACGUUUGAGGAUGUCAAACCAAUACUAAGCAAGCAAGAACCCUCUCUAAUAGCGCUCGACAGCAACAUCGCGAGCUCACUCAUGAAGGAAAUCUGUCACUGGGCCCAAACUCGACAAGUACAAACCUUUGUUGAGCCCACCUCUAUAACAAAGUCGGAGAGAAUUGUGGACGUGCUCGCCCAGCUAUUGAAGCAACCACCCAACGUCCUUCCGGGAAAGAUGCCUUUUGCGCCUAUUACAUAUACCUCGCCCAACUUAUUCGAGUUAGAGCGAAUAUACUUGGCGCUCGAAAAAGGGAUCGAGUUACACCCGGCCAUGCGAGAUUGGUGGUGGACCGUUGUUGAUGACCUCGGCCUCAACCAGGAUUAUCAGUCUCAACUCGCCGUUCUCUCACGAAAAACCAUCUUUGACGAUACUGGUCUCUCUCCCCAAACCUUAGACUUCUUGACAGAGAAAGGCGUAUCACGCAUGGCCAUCCAGCUGCUCCCCUUCUUCCAGCACCUAUUCAUCAAAUGUGGCAGAGCAGGCGUUAUACUUGUGAUGCGUGUCCCGAAUACGCCGGCGCAACCUUGGGGCGUUCAAAAGACAGACAUUCAGAAACGCCAGAUUGUCUUCAAAGGUCGCUCUACUAUUCUUGUUCUCAAGCAUUUCCCAGCGAUUAAUCUUGAUCCAUCUCGCAUUGUCAACGUUACCGGGGCUGGCGAUUCGUUGGUCGGUAGCCUUUUAGCUACACUUUCCAAACGGCCAGCGGUGCUCGAGGAUCCGUCACAGCUUGAUGAAAUGAUUCGAAUCGCACAGUCGGCUGCGGUGCUCACUUUGGAGAGCGACCAUGCUGUCUCGCCUCUGCUUGGAACACUCAGAACCACACGGAAAUGA